UCAAGAAAACUUCCAGCAGUCUUCAGUUAAAAAAGAAUUUUAAGCUUGUCUUUUAGAUUAUGAAUCCUAAGCAGUUAAAGAUAAUACUAUCAUAAGUUAUUUUUAUGGCUGUAAAACGAUAGAAAAUAAAUUCAUCUUUACAAAGAAUUAUUGCUUUUGUCUGAAUGGAGACUGUUUUAAAGUUUUUACUAUUUAAUAUGUUUUUAAAGAAGUGACUGUUUUAUAUGGAUAAUUAAGAUGCAUUUAUAUACCUGGAGAAGUUCUGUUGCUCUCUUAGUCAUUCCGUACAUGAUAUUACAGACAUGUGACUGUUUACUCAGAGAUCAUUCCACAGAAGAAAUUGUGAUUCCCUUCAUUGUAGAUAGUGAUGGAAGUUUUGUCUCACAUGAACUCAGUCAUCAUGUUCGUCAUAAAAGAAGUUCAACACCAUCCUCAUCAUCAUCACCAUACUUAUAUGUAAAUAUUACUGGCUUCGGUCAGACAUUCCACAUCGAUCUUAAAGAAGAGAAAGAACUUUUAGCACCUGGAUUCAAGGUGUAUCAUCGUCAAAAUAAUGUAAAUUCUCACAAAGAAACGUUUGUUAGAUCUCAAGAGAAACCAUGGGAUGAAACCCGAUGUCAUUUCUCUGGUAAAGUGCGAUCUCAUCGUGGUACUGCAGCUCUUUCAGUCUGUGAUGGAAUGCGAGGUAUCAUUAGAACAGCAGAUGAAGAUUACAUCAUAGAACCUCACAAAAGUCAUAAGAUCAAAGGUCACGGUCAACCUCAUAAAAUGUAUAAAAGAUCAUCAUUACCCCAGAAACAGUAUUACGACAGCAGGUCCAGUAGACAUAAAGACAAUUUAUAUUCAUCAGAAUUAAAUCAUGAUAGCAGCAUUAAUAAAAGAUCAUUGAAGUCUGAAUAUAACAGACAUAAACGUAAAGAUCAUCUAGCAGACAGGACUGUGGAAACAUUAGUUGUAGCUGAUAAAAACUUGUACCAAAAACAUGGAGAUCAAAAUAUAACAACUUAUACACUGACUUUGUUUAAUAUGGUUGCUGAGUUGUUCAGAGACAGGAGUCUUGGAAAUAAAGUCAGUAUAGUACUAGUUGGACUAAUUAUUCUUGAAGGAGAUGAGCCAGGAUUAACCAUUGGAUAUCAUGCAGAUAAGACACUGAACAGUUUUUGUUCCUGGCAAGCUGUACUGGAGGGAGACAGGGGGAGACAACAUGACCAUGCUAUACUGAUGACCGGGAUGGAUUUGUGUUCAUAUAAAAACUCACCAUGUGAUACUCUAGGGUUUGCACCAAUAGAAGGAAUGUGUAACAGAGUGAGAAGUUGUACUAUUAAUGAAGACACAGGUCUGACAACAGCAUUUACUAUAGCUCAUGAGAUGGGACACAAUUUUGGAAUGUUCCAUGAUGGAGAGGGUAACUACUGUUCACAGUCCGCUGGUAAAUUGAUGUCACCUACCCUUGUUAGUAAAGAUGGAUUGUUCCAAUGGUCAAUAUGUAGUAAAGCCUACCUUAUGAGAUUCUUGAAUACACCACAAGCACAGUGUUUGUCUAACCAUUCUAAGAAUGUAUCAGAGUUAUCUUUUCCUGACAAGUUACCAGGAGAGUUGUAUGAUGCUGAUAUGCAAUGUAAAUGGCAGUUUGGGGAUAAAGCCAAGCUUUGUGGAUACGAUUUUGGAAAGGACAUAUGUAAAUCCCUGUGGUGUUUCAGAGGAAGACAACGAUGUGAGACCAAGUUUUUACCAGCAGCUGAAGGAACAUCUUGUGGUCAUGGUAGGUGGUGUCGCCAAGGUGCAUGUGUAAAGUUUGGACAACAUGGGCCCAGUCCUGUAGAUGGUGGGUGGUCAGAAUGGUCAACAUGGUCAGAAUGCUCUCGUUCUUGUGGUGGUGGCGUUACCAAGAGAGAGAGACAAUGUAACAAGCCAUUACCUCAGUAUGGUGGUAUGCCCUGUCAAGGAGAUGAUAAAGUUUACAAAAUGUGUAAUAUAAAGGUGUGUCCUAAUGGUGAUGGUGACUUUUAUGAUGUACAAUGUACAUCUUAUAACAAAGAACCUUACCGAGGAUGGUACCUCAAAUGGAAACCUAAUCAUAAACUGUACGACUUUAAUGAACCAUGUAUUCUCCAUUGCUAUGCUGAAACCUAUAGUUAUGUGUUCAACAUCAAACAUACUGCUGUUGAUGGUAUGAAGUGCAUGGACAAAAACAACCUAUGUAUUAAUGGUGUGUGUAAGCCAAUAGGAUGUGACUGGAUUGUUGGUUCUAAUGCCUCUAAUGAUAUCUGUGGAGUAUGUAGGGGAGAUAACUCUACCUGUAGAAUAUUAAGUGGUGAAUAUACAGAACAACCCAAAUUAAACACAUAUUUUCCAAUAGCUGUAUUACCUAAGACAGCCAGAUCCAUAAAAAUUAAAGAAAAUGCCUUAUCAUCAAACUACCUUGCCAUACGUGACAUAUUUGGUAAAUAUUUACUGAAUGGUGAACAUCGUGUUGCUUGGCCUGGUGAAUAUAAGAUAGGAGGAGCUAAAUUUUACUACAGUCGACCAUACAAUGAACCAGAAACAUUGACAUGUGAUGGACCACUUACAGAAGAUUUAGUUUUAGAGAUUCUAGUACAAGACAAAAAUCCUGGGAUAAGUUAUGAAUAUGCAUUACCUAUAGAUCAACAUGAGAAGUUAACCACAAAAAGAUCUGAUAUGUAUUCUUGGAGUAUAUCUGUGACAGCAUGCUCAGAGCCUUGUGCAGGAGGUAGUAAAACAGUGUCAGCUUUUUGUCGUAGAAACCAUUAUGAAGAAGUUGACCCAGCAUACUGUGAUUCCAAGUCCAAACCAGAGACUGGAAUCUUCUCAUGUAACCAGAAUCCUUGUCCUCCAAGAUGGGUGCCAGAAGGAUGGAGAGAGUGUACCAAGAAAUGUGGAGGUGGUAAACAGAAGAGAAAGAUCAUGUGUCGGCAGAAAAACUCAAUGUCAAUUGAUAAGGCUGUCAAGAAAAAAUUCUGUAGAAAUUUACCUAAACCAAUUAAAAAGAGGCCUUGCAACAGUCAUGCUUGUCCUCCUAGAUGGUUUAAAGGCAAAUGGUCAAAGUGUUCCGUGAGUUGUGGAGAGGGUAUAUGGUCAAGGAAGGUGGUCUGUAAAAGUAAAGGUCGUAAAGGAGUCAGAGGUAACAAUGUAAUACCAGACGAUAGUUGUCAUGGCAUCAAACCUAACAUUACAGAAUCCUGUAAGAAAGAUGAAUGUCCACCAGAGGAUCAGUUUGAAUGGCAUUUGUCACCAUGGGGACCAUGUUCUCAAACUUGUGGAGACGGUUCAAGAUCACGUUACCUGAGAUGUAAACAAAUUAUUGGUGAUAAAGUUCAGGAGUUGUCCAGUAACAGGAUGUGCUUUGGCUUGGACAAACCUGAUGUUGCCAUGGUAGAAUCAUGCCACCUUAUGCCAUGUCCGGUAGCUUAUGUCUGGUUGCCACAGUGGCACACAAUGCCAUGGUCACAGUGUUCUGUUACUUGUGGAGAAGGAGAACAGAGACGUCAGGUUCGUUGUUUGAAUAUGAGGAAUGAAGAUGCUUUAGGAUGUGAAAUAGAUAAACGACCUUCAGCCUCUCAGACCUGUAAAUUACAACCAUGUAAACCCAAAGAAGUUUAUCGUAGUCCAGUUUGUGAAGACAAAUAUCCUUGGUGUCAUCUGGUACGAGAACAUAAUGUGUGUAGACAUCAUUUCUAUGGUAGUAACUGUUGUAAAACUUGUCAUGGAAUAGCUAUCAAGUAUCGUACAUAAUGUUUGUCAAGGUCAUUUCUAUAGGUGUCGUAAGACUUGUCCUGGAAUACUUGUCAAGUAUCAUACAUAAUAUGUGUCAACAUGGAGUUUGAGAGCACAAUGCGUGUCCAUAUAAUUUCUAUGAGAGUAACUGUGUUAAAACCUAGAAUUGCUGUCACGUAUCGUACAUAAUAUUUGUCGAAUAAUUCCUAUACAAGUUACUGUUGUAAAACUUAUCUUGGAAUAGCUGUCAGGUAUAAUUCAUAAUGUGCCUCAACAUAAUUUCUCUGCGAGUAACUGUUGAACAAAUUUAACUGAGUAUCAUACAUCAUGUGCAUCAACAUAGUUUUUGUCAAAGACAUUGAAGUAUAGCAUCGUAGAAUCUGUCCAAUAUGAGUACAUUGUGGCCUUUGAUCACAUGGUCCUCUUGUAUUUGCAACAUGAUGAUUAGGAAAUCUUACUCAUUAAACUCAUUUUGUAGUGAAUGUGAUUGUACAUAUUGGUUAGGAUUGAUUUUUUUAUUAUGAUGGAAACAUUAGUGAAAUUUAUUUCUCUUGUCAUAAUCCACUAGUGUUCCUUACCAAAAUGUAUUUAACUUUCAAGUUUUUGAUAUUUUAUAAGCAUGUAAGUUAAAUUUCAUAAUCAUCAAAAUGAACAUUAUGAAGCAUUCAUUCAGUGUUAUUGUCUCUGCAUUUUGUAAUGUAAAUUUAUACUUUCUGUCAAUAUUUUAUCAGAAUGUUGUUAUUUUAUUUUUACAUACUUGUGAUGAAAUAUAUGCAUGUUAUAUAUAUGUACUAAAAUAGCUCUUAAUGUCAUUCAGGCUGGUCUGUUUAAUUGAAAGUGUUCUACAAAGUCUUAGUUUAUGCAUAGUGAAAUAUUUAACAAGGCCACUUUUGAAUAUGUAAAUGAUUUUGGGUACCCAUGAUUCUUUUCAUUGAAGAAGCACUUAAAAUCUGGCCAAUUAUUUACAAAUGUUUUGAGGACAUAUAGUGAAAUCUGACAUUAUGAAAGUUGGCUAUUUUUUUAGGUUCCUUUUUGGUUAUAGAAUUUAAGAUGUGUAGGUCUUAUACAUCCAAAUGGCUUUAAAAUAUUUAGGUUAAACUAUUCUGGUGAAGGUAAAUCAAGAAAAGUACUUUGGACCCACUUAAUUAAUAAAGUAAUAUUUCAUUUCAAUGCUACAAAUUUCAAUCAGUUUUGAUAAAAGUAUUCAUAUCUGUCCUUCAGUUUCCUGAAAUACUUAUAUUGUUAGCAUAUUUAUAUGCUUUUAGAUGAGAUCAAAUAAUUACUGGGUAUUUAUACUUUAAAGAAUUUAUCGGUACAAACAUUACACUUUAAAUGAAAAAAUAUCAGGUGAUUGAAUAAUACUAGAAUUGAUAAUAUAGGACAAAAUUUAUGCUUCUGUUGGUUUGUUAUGACCAUUUUAAUCUUAAAACUUCAGUUCAUUCCAUUAUCAUUUUUACAGUGAUGUUCUGAAAUAUUUUUCAUUUUAGUUUAUAGCCAUGUAAUUAUACAUUUUUAAGAAUAUGGCUAUAAAAAAACACUAGUGAAAUACAGAAGAGAGUAAAAGCAUGCUCAACAUUUUCAGAAAAUAAGUGUACAAUCUUCUAUGAAUAUUUUACAAAUAAUAAUUUUAACAAUGUCUAGUUAACUUGUCUACUGUGGAUUCAUUUAUUUUCGUGGGUACCAAUUUUCGUGGAUUGAGGAAAACUAGCAUUUUCGUGGAUAUUUGAUUUCGUUGUUUUAACAAAGUCUGCAUACAUUUCUUCAGAAAACUUGUACAUUGAAAUUCGUGGUUCUCCUGUACCCACGAAAUUAACGAAAAAUUUGUAUCCAACGAAUAAUAAUGAAUCCACAGUAUGCAGUGAUAUGAAAAGGUUGUAUAUGAUAGUGCUGUACUUGCUGUAAAUAUUUCUUUUUUAUUAUUAGAGCUGUGAUAAUUUUAAAAUCACUUUUAAGUAAAAUGAUUUUACAUUUUUGUUAUAUUUAUUAACAGUAAGAGUUCUGUUUUUGUAGUUAUACUGUUUGUAUAGUUAAUAGUUUUGGACCAUAGAAACGGUUAGUAAACAAGUUAGAAUUGCAUGAUUUUAAUAGCUUGGUGUAAUGUCUGUAGCCAAUGUUCAACCUAUCUGUAACAUUCUGCCCUAUUUUUCAAGUACAACUAAAAUGUGAAAGACAUAUCAAUAACAGCAGUACACUUUAGUGGGUGAAUCUAAUCAUGUAAAAAAUAUGUCAUGUUAAAGAUACACAUGUGGACAAAAAAGAUGGAAAGGAUAUUUUUUUUAAAUUAUAUGACUGCUAUUGCAGAUUAGGUUGAAGUUAAAAUGCAAUGUUUAAUUUUUCUCCAUUGUUAAUGCAUUCUUACUACUUAACUGGAACUGAAAAUUCUGCAACUACUUCUUAGCAUCUAUUUAUGAAAAAAGUAUACUGAAAUUUGUAAUAAAAUCAUUUAUAACAGUUAAAGAUUUGAUGGACAAAAUUUGGGAUGAAAACAGUUAUGAUCACAUCUUCAGUUUGCUGUAAUUUUUUGUAGGUAAAAUUACUGUCAGGGAUCAAGUCACUAACAGUUGUCAUGGUGUUACAUACUAAUGAAAGUCUGUCGUUGAUAGAAUAUGUUCGUUGUUGUUCUGCGGUUUGCAUGUCGACUAUUAUAUUAUUUUUUUAACAUUGUCAUAAAGCGGGAGGUUUGGGUAGCCAUUGAACCAGGUUCAACCCACCACUUUUUUUCUUAAAAUGUCCUGUACCAAGUCAGGAAUAUGACAGUUGUUACCAAAUAGUUUGUUUCCAUGUAUGUUGGCGUUUGUUUUUGUUGCACUUCAGUGUUCCUGUUGUUCCUUUGUUUUCCUCUUAUAGUUGAUGUGUUUCCCUCAGUUUUAGUUUGUAAUCCGGAUUUGUUUUCUCUCAAUCUAUUUAUGACUUUUGAACACCAGUAUACUACUGUUGCCUUUAUUUAUCUGUCCAUUUUAUCUUUUUUAUGCUUUCAAUUUAUUCGUUACUGUAGACUCCUGUAUUUUCGUGGAUUGAAGAAAAAAUCUAUUUUCUUUGAUUUUAGAUUUUGUGGUUUUGUCAAACUCUGCAUUCAAGCCUUUAGAAAAUGUGUACUUGGUUAAACAUUUAAAUUCACCUAUACCCGCAAAUUAAACGAAAAUUUAUGAAUCCAUAGUCUGUGAAAAUCAAAAAGUAAUGUUUGUUGAUGGCCAGUUUGCUAGACCUAACAGUUUACAUGUUAUACAACCUUUGUAAUGUGAUUGUAACUUACCUCAAACUGUACAGAUUGUAAAUAAAAAUAUAACAGAUGUUA